GUGGUUCGGUUGUGUUUCUUAACCCGUGCUGUGGCCUCCUAAUCCCUGCGGCGAUUCCCUUCUGCGGCGGGAGACGCCCGGCGGUGUUUCCCCGCGUUCGGGCGGCACCUUUAGAACUUAGCGCAGGAGCCCGGAGGGCCACGUGUUUUGCUCCACUCUUUCUCCGACCUUCACCUCUUCCUCCCCAGGCAAACCAUCAAAACCUGCAAAAAGCGCCCUCACCUUGCCCCCGAAACACAUUCUUAAUGUCACAGUAACUAAACUUUCUAGUUCGACGCAGCAUAAACCAGCUGGGCCCUCUGGAAGUUUUUUUUUGCAUGGUGUGACGCUUCCAUUCGUAAAUAUGUAUUGCGCACCUACUGCGAAAGAAAGUUCGGGCGUGGAGAGACAGACGAGGAAACUCAGAGAACUAUUUAAAACCACUGCAUGGAACUUUUUGUUUUCUGCUUCUACGCACGCUGCUGCAAAACUGCAAUAUGCAUAGACUCACUAUGUUAAAAUAGAGGAGCAGGCCCCACCUCCAGAUACCGAAAUGGGACGUAGUAAUUUCAAGCGAUUCUGAUGUUGGUGGCCCUGGGAUCAACAGCGAGAAAAAGCUAGUUUAGCACAAGAACUGAACGUCUGAAGAAAACCCUGCGGGAUGAGAUCGAUGCCAUUCUGCGGAAGAGGAUUAUGGUGCUGGAUGGAGGGAUGGGGACCAUGAUCCAGCGGGAGAAGCUAAACGAAGAACACUUCCGAGGUCAGGAAUUUAAAGAUCAUGCCAGGCCACUGAAAGGCAACAAUGACAUUUUAAGUAUAACUCAGCCCGAUGUCAUUUACCAAAUCCAUAAGGAAUACUUGCUGGCUGGGGCAGAUAUCAUUGAAACAAAUACUUUUAGCAGCACUAGUAUUGCUCAAGCUGACUAUGGCCUUGAACACUUGGCCUACCGGAUGAACAUGUGCUCUGCAGGAGUGGCCAGAAAAGCUGCCGAGGACAUAACUCUCCAGACAGGAAUUAAGAGGUUUGUGGCAGGGGCUCUGGGUCCGACUAAUAAGACACUCUCUGUGUCCCCAUCUGUGGAAAGACCGGAUUAUAGGAACAUCACAUUUGAUGAGCUUGUUGAAGCAUACCAAGAGCAGGCCAAAGGACUUCUGGAUGGUGGGGUUGAUAUCUUACUCAUUGAAACUAUUUUUGAUACUGCCAAUGCCAAGGCAGCCUUGUUUGCACUCCAAAACCUUUUUGAGGAGAAAUAUGCUCCCCGGCCUAUCUUUAUUUCAGGGACGAUUGUUGAUAAAAGUGGGCGGACUCUUUCUGGACAGACAGGAGAAGGAUUUGUCAUCAGCGUGUCUCAUGGAGAACCACUCUGCAUUGGAUUAAAUUGUGCUUUGGGUGCAGCUGAAAUGAGACCUUUUAUUGAAAUAAUUGGAAAAUGUACAACAGCCUAUGUCCUCUGUUAUCCCAAUGCAGGUCUUCCCAACACCUUUGGUGACUAUGAUGAAACGCCUUCUAUGAUGGCCAAGCACCUAAAGGAUUUUGCUAUGGAUGGCUUGGUCAAUAUAGUUGGAGGAUGCUGUGGUUCAACACCAGAUCAUAUCAGGGAAAUUGCUGAAGCUGUGAAAAAUUGUAAGCCUAGAGUUCCACCUGCCACUACUUUUGAAGGACAUAUGUUACUGUCUGGUCUAGAGCCCUUCAGGAUUGGACCGUACACCAACUUUGUUAACAUUGGAGAGCGCUGUAACGUUGCAGGAUCAAGGAAGUUUGCUAAACUCAUCAUGGCAGGAAACUAUGAAGAAGCCUUGUGUGUUGCCAAAGUGCAGGUGGAAAUGGGAGCCCAGGUGCUGGAUGUCAACAUGGAUGAUGGCAUGCUAGAUGGUCCAAGUGCAAUGACUAGAUUUUGCAACUUAAUUGCUUCCGAGCCAGACAUUGCAAAGGUACCUUUGUGCAUCGACUCCUCCAAUUUUGCUGUGAUUGAAGCUGGGUUAAAGUGCUGCCAAGGGAAGUGCAUUGUCAAUAGCAUUAGUCUGAAGGAAGGAGAGGACGACUUCUUGGAGAAGGCCGGGAAGAUUAAAAAGUAUGGAGCUGCUGUGGUGGUCAUGGCUUUUGAUGAAGAAGGACAGGCAACAGAAACAGACACAAAAAUCAGAGUGUGCACCCGGGCCUACCAUCUACUUGUGAAAAAACUGGGCUUUAAUCCAAAUGACAUCAUUUUUGACCCUAAUAUCCUAACCAUUGGGACUGGAAUGGAAGAACACAACUUGUAUGCCAUUAAUUUUAUCCAUGCAACGAAAGUCAUUAAAGAAACAUUACCUGGAGCCAGAAUAAGUGGAGGUCUUUCCAACUUGUCCUUCUCCUUCCGAGGAAUGGAAGCCAUUCGAGAAGCAAUGCAUGGGGUUUUCCUUUACCAUGCAAUCAAGUCUGGCAUGGACAUGGGGAUAGUGAAUGCUGGAAACCUCCCUGUGUAUGAUGAUAUCCAUAAGGAACUUCUGCAGCUCUGUGAAGAUCUCAUCUGGAAUAAAGACCCUGAGGCCACUGAGAAGCUCUUACGUUAUGCCCAGACUCAAGGCACAGGAGGGAAGAAAGUCAUUCAGACUGAUGAGUGGAGAAAUGGCUCUGUCGAAGAACGCCUUGAGUAUGCCCUUGUGAAGGGCAUUGAAAAACAUAUUGUUGAGGAUACUGAGGAAGCCAGGUUAAACCAAGAAAAAUAUCCCCGACCUCUCAAUAUAAUUGAAGGACCCCUGAUGAAUGGAAUGAAAAUUGUUGGUGAUCUUUUUGGAGCUGGAAAAAUGUUUCUACCUCAGGUUAUAAAGUCAGCCCGGGUUAUGAAGAAGGCUGUUGGCCACCUUAUCCCUUUCAUGGAAAAAGAAAGAGAAGAAACCAGAGUGCUUAACGGCACAGUAGAAGAAGAGGACCCUUACCAGGGCACCAUCGUGCUGGCCACUGUUAAAGGCGACGUGCACGACAUAGGCAAGAACAUAGUUGGAGUAGUCCUUGGCUGCAAUAAUUUCCGAGUUAUUGAUUUAGGAGUCAUGACUCCAUGUGAUAAGAUACUGAAAGCUGCUCUUGACCACAAAGCAGAUAUAAUUGGCCUGUCAGGACUCAUCACUCCUUCCCUGGAUGAAAUGAUUUUUGUUGCCAAAGAAAUGGAGAGAUUAGCUAUAAAGAUUCCAUUGUUGAUUGGAGGAGCAACCACUUCAAAAACCCACACAGCAGUUAAAAUAGCUCCGAGAUACAGUGCACCUGUAAUCCAUGUCCUGGACGCAUCCAAGAGUGUGGUGGUGUGUUCUCAGCUGUUAGAUGAAAAUCUAAAGGAUGAAUACUUUGAGGAAAUCAUGGAAGAAUAUGAAGAUAUUAGACAGGACCAUUAUGAGUCUCUCAAGGAGAGGAGAUACUUACCCUUAAGUCAAGCCAGAAAAAGUGGUUUCCAAAUGGAUUGGCUGUCUGAACCUUACCCAGUGAAGCCCACGUUUAUUGGGACCCAGGUCUUUGAAGACUAUGACCUGCAGAAGCUGGUGGACUACAUUGACUGGAAGCCUUUCUUUGAUGUCUGGCAGCUCCGGGGCAAGUACCCGAAUCGAGGCUUUCCCAAGAUAUUUAACGACAAAACAGUAGGUGGAGAGGCCAAAAAGGUCUACGAUGAUGCCCAAAAUAUGCUGAACACACUGAUUAGUCAAAAGAAACUCCAAGCCCGGGGUGUGGUUGGGUUCUGGCCAGCACAGAGUAUCCAAGAUGACAUUCACCUGUACGCAGAGGGUGCUGUGCCCCAGGCUGCAGAGCCCAUAGCCACCUUCUAUGGGUUAAGGCAACAGGCUGAGAAGGACUCUGCCAGCACGGAGCCAUACUACUGCCUCUCAGACUUCAUCGCUCCCUUGCAUUCUGGCAUCCGUGACUACCUGGGCCUGUUUGCCGUUGCCUGCUUUGGGGUAGAAGAGCUGAGCAAGGCCUAUGAGGAUGAUGGUGACGACUACAGCAGCAUCAUGGUCAAGGCGCUGGGGGACCGGCUGGCAGAGGCCUUUGCAGAAGAGCUCCAUGAAAGAGUUCGCCGAGAACUGUGGGCCUACUGUGGCAGUGAGCAGCUGGACGUCGCAGACCUGCGCAGGCUGCGGUACAAGGGCAUCCGCCCGGCUCCCGGCUACCCCAGCCAGCCUGACCACACCGAGAAGCUCACCAUGUGGAGACUCGCAGACAUCGAGCAGUCUACGGGCAUUAGGUUAACAGAAUCAUUAGCAAUGGCACCUGCUUCAGCAGUCUCAGGCCUCUACUUCUCCAAUCUGAAGUCCACAUAUUUUGCUGUGGGGAAGAUUUCCAAGGAUCAGGUUGAGGAUUAUGCAUUGAGGAAGAACAUAUCUGUGGCUGAGGUUGAGAAAUGGCUUGGACCCAUUUUGGGAUAUGAUACAGACUAACUUUUUUUUUUGCCUUUUUUGUUCUUGAUGAUCCUCAAGGAAAUACAACCUAGAGUGCCUUAAAAAUAACAACAACAAAAAACCUGUGUGCAUCUGGCUGACACUUCCCUGCUUCUGGUUUUCAAAGACUAUUUAGUGGAACCUUUUGGAGGAGCAGGGUCUUCCUGCAGUGCCUGGAAAACAGGCGCUGUUUUUUCGGGACCUUGCGUGAAGAGCAGUGAGCAGGGUUCCUGUGGUUUCCCUGGUCCCUCUGAGAUGGGGACAGACUGAAGACAGAGGUCGUUUGAUUUCAAAGCAAGUCAACCUGCUUUUUUCUGUUUUUACAGUGGAAUCUAGGAGGCCACUUAGUCCUCUUUUUUUCCUCUUAGAAGAAAAGCCUGAAACUGAGUUGAAUAGAGAAAUGUGACCCUGUGACAAAAUGUGAUACUGUGAGAAAUGGGGCAUUUUAAUCUAAGUGGUUAUAACAGUGGAUUCUGACGGGGAAGGUGUAGCUCUGUUCUCUUUGGAAGACCUCAUUUUCUAAAGGCUGGACUAAAUGGUUGUAGAACUCCCUUUGGCAAAAGGCAUGCUCUCACUGCUUGCUUGUCAGAAACACUGAAGCCAUUUGCCCCAGUGUGGUCAAGCAGCCAUGCUCUCUGGGCAUUUUCAUCCUCCCAUAAUUUCAUAUUUCCGUGCCCCUGAGGAAACAAAAAGGAAAUGAGGAGAGAAAGUUACUGUUAAGGGUGGUUAACAUUUGUUUUGUUUUGUUUUGUUUUUUGAGACAGAGUCUGGCUCUGUCGCCCAGGCUGGAGUGCAGUGGCGCAAUCUCGGCUCACAGCAAGCUCCGCCUCCCGGGUUCACGUCAUUCUCCUGCCUCAGCCUCCAGAAUAGCUGGGACUACAGGUGCCCGCCACCACACCCAGCUAAUUUUUUGUAUUUUUACAAAAUACAAAAAAGUAGAGACAGGGUUUCACUGUGUUAGCCAGGAUGGUCUCGGUCUCCCGACCUCGUGAUCUGUCCGCCUCAGCCUCCCAAAAUGCUGAGAUUACAGGCAUGAGCCACCGCGCCCGGCCGGUUAACAUCUUUUAAUUGUUUUCAGGAUUGAACAGGUUCUCAGCCAGGCUCUGAUAUCCCGUGCAGAGUUGGACAAGUGGGCAGCAUAACGUCACUCAUUUCUUACCAUUUUAUUCCCGUCCAAUUCUCAAUAUAUUCAGUAAUGAAGAAUGGUGCCAUCACUCAAGCAACAGGCCUCAAACUCACCCAUGUCGUCUUUUUCUUGGAUGAUUGCAGUUAUUUCAAAAAUUUGCAUGCAAAGUAUACACUCAUCCUACUUUAAGAUGGUGGUGGCAAUAGUCAGGAGAAGGUAGCAUUGAAGUCCUGGUUUGAUCUGAAGGAUGAAGACGAAGAAGCAAGGGAGGAACAAAUGGAGAACUAUCUUUGUUCAUGAAUAGGAAUAUUAAAGAUUAUAAAGGUAUCAGAUCUCCUGAAAUUGAUCUAUGGAUUUAAUACCAUUUUCAAUGGAAAUUCCAACAGAGAUUUUAUUGAAUGAAACAAGCAGGUGUUUAUAUGGAGUAGCAAAGGACUUAAAAUUACCAAAUGCUUCUAAAUAUGAAGGAGAGGUUGAGGAGACGCACCCUAUGUGAUACCAAGUUUUAUUGUCAAGACAGUGUCGUGGUGCAGAGGUAGGCAUUCUGAUCAGGGGAACAAGAUAAGGGCCUGGAAACUCACCCAUGCGUAUGUUGACGUUUGCAAAAUGACCUGGUGACAUGGCAAGUCAGUGGGGACAGGAAGGACCACUCCCUAAGUAAUCCCAGAACAAUGGCUAUUCAUGUGGGAAAAAAAGAAAUUUUCCUUUCUCUCACCUUACCUGGUGAUAAGUUCCAAAUAUGUUAAGGGCUUUAAUACAAAAAGCAAAAAUUGUCAGUGUUUGGAUGAAAAAUGCCUUAGGGCGGGAAAGAAUCUCUUGAGACAUAAAGUAAUAAUCAUAAAUGACAAGAUGGUUAAGUCAGUUCUGUUAAAACUAAAGGCUUAUAUUAAGCAAACACUUGAAGUGAGAAGAUGAUCCACAACUUGAGAAGACAUUUAUAAUACAAAUAACUGAUGAAGGAUUCAUAAUCACAAAUAUAGAGAAUUCCUAUUUAAAAAAAAUAGAAAAAUAGUGAAGACUACACAAGAGGAAAUAGAUAGGGCUUUUAAAUAAAUAGAUGUUCUGUAGCAUUGGUGGUCAGGGAAAUAUGAGUUAGGACCACAAUGAGAUUCCAUUUUAUAUCCAUAAGAAUUGCAAAGGUUGGGUCUGACAGUACCAGUUGUUAGAUCUGUAGGGACUUGUACAACAUUGUGGAUGUGUAAACAGGCACCACUGCUUUAAAAAACAAUUAUCCCUUACAGACUUGAACAUCUGCAGACCUUAUGAUCUUGCUUCCAGCUCCCACCUCAUGUCCAGCAGACUCUUGCACGUGGCCACUAGGAGGGAUGUGUAGGAAUGCUCAUAGUCACAUGUUUAUAACAGUUAUAACUGGAAAAGCGAAAUGCGUGUCUGCCUGCAGGAAAAUAGGCGAAUAAUUAGAUAGAUAGAUUAAUCCUCCAGGAUAUUAUUCAGUAGUGGAAAUGAGUAAACUAUAGCUAUACCUCACAGGAAGAAUGAAUCUCAGAAAAUAUUAAGGAAAAGAAGCAAGUUCAAAGAGACCACAUGGGGGGUACUAUUUUUAUUGAGUCCAAAAACAAGCAAAACCAAAGAAUAUGUAGUCUAAGCAUACCUAUAUGAUAAAACUAUGCUAUUAAAAAAAAAAUGGUAACAAUGAUAAACCAAAAUUGAGCAUAGUAAUUACCCACGGAGGCAGGAAGUGGAAGGGACAGGAGCACAUAGGUAGAUGCCAAGUUAUGCAGCUGUUCUGGUUCCUCCUGGUAGGCUUACAAGUGUUUUUGCUAUUAAUAUAUUAUGCUUUACAACUAAUAGAUAACAGUUUUGUACAUAUUAAAUAUGUUAUACUUAAAUAUAAAAAAUAAAGGCAAAGUGGAAUGAUAACCUAAAA